AUGCCUGGAAUAGGCGAAGUGGAAAGCGUGUUCAUCCCUCAUGGUAAGCGCUUCCUUGAUGAAAGUCCAUGUGCUUCUAUUAAGCAAGCGGAUAUAGGUUCAAUAACGUUUGCAUGCCACACCAUCCAACAGCCUGCUUCGCGGAGCUUGUCUGUCUCUUAUUCUCAUUCUCAGCCGUUCACGAGGUCGACAGACGCCUACAUGCCUGCACACAGCCAACAUCACCCCUAUGACCUGUCGGCAAGCCCGUACACACUCCCGCCAGUGUCUACCUCAAUGCCACAAUCUUACGGACAUUACACGCAGUCUUUGACGUCUCAAUUUUCCCACUCGCCCUGGGGGAGUUAUCCGGAGCCUUCUUCCUCGCUUUCGCAGUUUAACAGGUGGCCCGCUCAAAGCCCUGCCCAUUCGAUGGCAGGGAUGCCAUCGUCUUCAUGUACCCUGCGGGAGUCGCCUUACUCGAGACCAUCGCCGUCUCCAAUUUAUGGCGAGAGCAGAGCGUCUUUAAGCACCUAUCAAGCUACACCUAGUCCUGAGGACUACAGUACCAAGGCCGCCUUCGAGGCCUUCGAGGCCAGUGUCCCCCCUGCGCCCUGUGGCACCGACAUUGUGCCUCCUCCCAGGCACCGAGUAAGCCCCGGAACACAUAAGGACACCCUUCCGCGUAGCACCAAUAAUCGCCCUCUUGGUGUUCUCAAAUGCAGCAGUUGCAAGGCAACCUCCAGUCCUGAAUGGAGGAAGGGCCCCAGUGGCAGGAAGGAACUCUGUAACGCAUGUGACAGCUACGCUCGGACCAGCCGAACACGGGAAACGAAGACUGGCAUGUCGGACUUGUCCCGCAUGCCAUUUUCAGACUUCAAUGAUAACGUCAACGAGCUUUCUUCACCCUGA